UCACCCCGGAACCUCUUUCCUUUCACUGGUCUGUAGCCCCUUUGGUCAUGGGGCUCCUGGAGCCAGCAGGGAGGAGGGAGCUGCGUGGCUCUGAUCUCCCCUGGGGUCACAGGAGGUCCAGCCAUGUCUCUCUGGAAGGAUGUCAUGCCCUUCAUGAAGGAGCCCCAUCCCCCACCUCAGGUCCAGCUUUCCUGGAUCCUCCCGAGCCUGUUUGCUGCCUUUAACGUAGUGCUGCUGGUGGUUUUCAGUGGCCUUUUCUUCGCAUUCCCUUGCAGGUGGUUGGCUCAGAACGGGGAGUGGACCUUUCCCAUCCUCACCGGUGUGCUCUUUGUCCUUGCUUUCUUCAGUCUUGUUUCGCUCAAUUUCUCAGACCCUGGCAUCUUGCAUCAAGGCUCCAAUGAACAGAGCCCCAUGAUGGUGCAUGUGGUGUGGGUGAACCACAGGGCCUUCCGCCUGCAGUGGUGUCAAAAGUGCUGCUUCCAUCGCCCACCACGGACAUACCACUGCCCCUGGUGCAACAUCUGUGUGGAGGACUUUGACCACCACUGCAAGUGGGUCAAUAACUGCAUCGGUCAUCGCAAUUUCCGCUUCUUCAUGCUGCUCGUCCUGUCCCUGUGCCUCUACUCGUGCACCAUGUUGGCUACUUGCUUGGUCUUCCUGGUGCGCACGGCCCACAUGCCCUUCUCCACAGACAAGGCCAUAGCCAUCGUGGUGGCUGUCCCUGCCGCCGGCUUCUUGGUGCCACUCCUCCUGCUGUUGCUGGUCCAGGCCAAGUCGGUGAGCGCAGGCGAGCGCUCCUACGAGGGCAAGUGCCGAUACCUGCAGAGAUACAACCCCUUUGACCAAGGCUGUGCCAGCAACUGGUAUUUAACAAUUUGUGCACCGCUGGGACCCAAGUACAUGUCUGAAGCUGUCUGGCUGCAGAGAGUGGUCCAGGCCGACAGGGUGCCCAUGCAGAGCCUGGGCCCCUCUGUGCUCAAUCCCUCAGCCCCCUCAGGGCCUGGGCCUGGCUCCCAGCCUCAACCUCUGAGUCUCUACAAACCAGGAAAUGGCCCCCCAGGGAGUGGUGAGGCUGCAGCCCUCCAGAAGCUCCACACUGACCCAGUGCUGCCGCUGCUGCGGGAUUGCCCCAGACAAGGUUCAGUCUACUUCUCACCCCACCGAUCCCGGAGAAGCCAGGAGCUUCUGCACCUGCACCUCACCUCUUGAACCCUGUGUGGAGGCCUCUGUUCUGCCCGGCAUAGGCUCCCCUGGUGGAGUGCUGAGACUGCCCCCUCCCCCAAGUCCAUUAAACACUUCUUGCUUACCUCCUACAACUGCUCUGGUGCACUGUCUGUCCCUGGUUCGAAGGAGUUUGAGGGUAGCAGGCUCUGAGAGG